AUGGAGGUGCAGAGACAGGAGACUUUUGCAAAGCUCCGCCCCGCGUGCGUUGCGCUCAGCUCAGCAGCACUCAGAUUCAAGACGCAUCCCGAUGAACAUGUCGAGGUCCAACGAGCCCUAGAUCAUCUGCAUGCUGUUCUUGGGCCACUGGGGGAUAAGGGGGCCCUCGAUGCAAAGCUCGCCGAAUAUGUCUUUUUCCCUCUUUCCCAGGUCUUCAACGAGGCUCAAACUAUUCCUCAACGGUGUUUAGAACUUGCCGUGAGAUGUAUUACCAUCCUCAUAGGAAAAGCAUGGCGGCAUACCCUGGCCCCUCAGAUGGGCAAGCAAUUGCUUAUCCUCCUGACCAUGUUGGUCGGAGGAACGCCUGCCCAAAAUCGGGGACAAGCGGGUUUGAAACCCGAUUCGGAAGAGCUCUCAUCUGCGAGUUUCGACUGCAUGCAUUCUAUUUUCCAAAUGCUUGAAGGCCCGGCUGCGGAUAGAGCUAUUUUUAACGAGAUCGGAACUGCUACUGUCCUCGACCAGACCAUUUAUUUACUCUUGGAAGGUGUCACGGAAGGGCCAUCGAAUGCAGUGCAAAUAGCAGCCAUGUCGGCUUUACAGGCUCUUUGUACUCGGGUAACUGACCGUGUGGUACUAGCAAGUAUCAUGCCUCGUGUGGUGUCGACUCUUACUAAAAUCCUGAAACCGACUACCAAAGCGCGGAGGAGUUUUAGGCUUCUUGAGACGUCUUUACGGUUGCUUACAGAGCUAUUGCGGGCAGUCCUAAAUGACGAAGCCUCAUACGCGGCGCAACCAACACCAGAAACGCCCCAGUCAAAUGAUAGAAUCGUGCUUGACGAGUCGUGGCUCAAAGCAACAACUGGUCAGAUCAAGCUUGCGCUUGCAAACGUGAUUCAGAUAAGGCGCCAUGAACGAACCGAAGUGCAAAAAGCACUUCUUCAUCUCUGUUUAACAAUAAUUGAACAAUGCACGAAAUCUUUAGAAGACUCGCUAUCAAUGCUUGUUGAAACGACCGUGAUACUUGCGGACACCGAUGCCAGCGAUGGCCAAAGUGACGCAUAUUCUGCUCUCCUCCACCUAUCGACGGUUAAGCCUCAAGUCGUUGGCAUUUUGAAAGAUCUUCUUCAAAGCUGGACUAUGUCGUUUCAGCGAACGAUACAAGGCAACGACGAAGAUGCCAAACAACGAGCUAUCAAGCAAAUAUCCACUGCUUUCCAGGUCCUUUCACAAGUACAAGCAAGCUCCAGUAUAUUAGAAAACAAUAUUGCGACUGGACUCUGUGAUAGUGUUGAAACAGUGGUUCAAUCUGCAAAGUCAAUGCCACAGCCAGUUGACCCCGCUAUAAGUGGCAACAUGGAACUUGCCGUUGUAGAGAGGGAUGUUACUGUACAGUCCUUCUCUCCAGUUAUUCUAGAGCAUCGCAGUCAACAGAAAACAUUGAUAGACCUCAUGUCUAUGAUUGGAAAGCUCAAUGGAACUCAGUCUAGUGAAACGAUAACAAGACUAGUCAUGAACCGUGUCCAUCAGGCAUCUGGAGACGGCAUGAUUGCACCUCUCUGGCUGUCUUUGCAAUUUCUCAAGCCCGGUGUGAACGGUAGCAUCGAUGAUUUCUUCACAUUUGACUCCUCCACAUCACUUUCCUCCCGUGUGACCAUGGUUGAGGAACUAUACUCAGUUUCCUUGUCUGUCUUGAACGAGUCAGUAUCAACAGAGCCUAAGGACUGGAGGGUGUCAGCUCUUGCAUUAGAAGCUAUUGCCUUGCAGUCCCAGGAACUGGGGUUUGAAUUUCGGACAGAGUUAAUAGAAGCCCUAUAUCCCGUGCUGCAGUAUCUGGCAUCGAAUAACCCUAACUUACAGAACCAUGCCAUGACAUGCUUGAAUAUAAUCACAAAGGCCUGCGGCUACCCUGACACUCGCACAAUGGUUAUUGGAAAUGUCGACUAUCUUGUCAACUCAGUAGCUUUGAAGCUUAACACGUUUGACGUCUCUCCCUACCCACCGCAGGUUCUCUUAAUGAUGGUCAAGCUGUCAGGGGCCGGGCUCAUUCCGUAUCUUGACGAUCUGGUGGACUCGAUAUUUGGUAUCGUGGACAUGUACCACGGCUAUCCAAAACUGGUUGAGCUGCUCUACUCGACUCUUGCCGCAAUCGUUGAGGAGGGAGUCAAAGAACCUAGCUUGUUGCUGAUUAACCAGACCGGGGAGCAGCACGAUGUCGACCACCGAAAGAAAGCGUACGAGCCUUUUACAGUUUCGCAACUGGUGCAGGAUCUCGUACGGAAAAAAGAGCGGCGUGUACACAUCGAGGACCUAGACUCUAUGGCAGAUGAAGAGCACAAGUCACAUCCGAAUCGCCCAUGGACACGUGAGCUAGAUGGACCUCCGCUUCCCAAAGAGGACGAGGGCUCUAUCGAAGACAAUUUCGACGCAGAAGAUGACUCUGAAGAACCCUUACCCGCCCCAAAAGAACCUGAAGACGCCGAGAAACCGCUCAGCAAACCACAUAACCUUCUCUUGCACAUUGUCAAGUCCAUCCCACCACAUCUCUCCUCACCUUCUCCUUUCCUUCGGCGCUCGAUCCUGACAUUGCUCGUCAAAGCGGUCCCAGUACUUUCACAAAAUGAAACGUCGUUCCUGCCCCUUGUCAACGAAAUAUGGCCAUCUUUGAGCAUGCGGAUUGCGUUACCUUCAUCCAGCCCAGGAGUUGCCAAUCUUACAACUACAACAUCUACGACAGAUAUAAUUUCACGGGCGGAUACUCAGAAACUGGACGGCGAGGAAGUUAAAGAAGAAACCUUUGUGGCGAGUGCGGCCUGCACAGCCGUAGCAAGUAUCUGCGAACACGCCGGUGACUUUAUGGCGUCGCGUGUGGAAACAGAAUACCCCCGCUGGCGCCGUUUAUACCUAUCUGUAUGGCCCAAGGUUCAAGCUGACGCAGAAAGAAAUCUCGAGCGUCGGCACCACCAACAACAAAUACAAAAAUCAUCAACAGCGCAACAACAAGCCAGCACAGAUCUGACACUUUCUUCGGCUACCGCACGCUCUUUUACGCCCCAUCAUACACUCUGGCGAUCUUUGCUCUCGCUAUUCAUCAACGUACUCGCACAUGUCCGUUUACCGUUAUCGGCUGGUGAUGAGAUUUGCGAAUUCCUGGGGAAAUGGAUUGUCAUGUUCGCCGGCCCACAGUAUUACUAUUCUCAUUACCAUAGCGGAUCAUCUGCGACUCUUCGUCCCAAAGAAGACACGCAGGCUAUCGAAGAUGCGAUACGAGCUAUGGAGGCAUGGAAUACGGAUCUAACGUGGUUUAUCUUUCAGCGCGAAAUUCAGAGUCAGAAGGAAAAGGAGCAGCAGCAAGACAGUCGACUUCGUUUGCCGGAAGGAUUGGAGCGAUUUAAUGCUGGUGGGCGACUCGAAGGGAGGCUUAAGUUUGCUGCGUUGGGGCUUGCCUGA